UGAGUGUGAGGCAGAGGGAGGGGAGAUGCAGCGUCAGUCAGCUGCAGUAGGCAGAGGACAGCGGCAGCAGUAGCAGCAGUGGCUGCCGUUCACUAUUAUUCAGCCAGAACGUUCUCCUUUUUGCUCCAGCCAACCAGAGGAGCAGAAGCCGAGGAGAUCCGCCACACACACUGUUCCUUCGGGGGGCACUAACUGAAGAGGCACGCAAACUCUUUCAGUCUGUGCGACUGAACUUCUUUCUCUACUCUCAUUGGGGUUUCUUUUCCUCCCGACCGAGUGGAUUUUACCCGACUCAGGGGAGCCAUGGGACUUGGGGUUAGGGGUGCAAGGACAGCGUCCCUGUGUUUAUGGAGGUUAUUUUUUCUGCUCUGUGGAAUCUGGACCGCUUGCUCCCAAACGACAGGAGAUGGGAAGUCGCUGUACUUCUGGGAGACAGGUCCAUGGGGCAGAUGUAUGGGCAGCGAGUGCGGUCCAGGAGGCAGUCAGAGUCGGGCGGUGUGGUGCGCUCAUGUGGAAGGCUGGACGACCCUUCACACCAAUUGCCUUCAGUCCACACGGCCGGCCAACCAACAGAGCUGCUUCCGUGUCUGCGACUGGCACAAGGACCUAUACGACUGGCAGCUAGGCGAGUGGAACCAGUGUGUUCCUGUAUCUCUGCGGACCGGCCGCACAGGUGUUUGCCUGCAGGGUGAAGAGGGUAUCCAGACACGGGAGGUGAACUGUGUGCUCAAGGCGGACAGCUCAGCUGCCGACGACGCCAUCUGUGAGUACUUUGAGCCCAAACCCCGGCAGGAACAGGCCUGUUUAAUUCCUUGCCCUCAAGACUGUGUGGUGACCGAGUUCACCCCAUGGACCACGUGCUCUAAGACCUGCGGGCUGGGCCUGCAGAACCGCGUCCGCUCUGUCAUGGCACCGCCGCUUUUCGGCGGGCUUCCUUGCCCCAAUCUGACCGAGUUCCAGACAUGUGUGCCGAGAGCCUGUGAGGGCAGAGAGACAGUGUUCAGUCUGAAAGUGGGCGGAUGGAGCGAGUGCAAGAUGCUGUCUUUACCGCCACCUCCGACCUCCUCUGCUGCCCCCUCACGCACCGCCCGCCAAGCCCGCCGGCGGAAAAGCAAAGAGAGGAAAGGGAACCGGGACCCGGAGAUGCGUGAGCUUAUCAAAAGCAAAAGAAACCGCAACAAGCUGAAUCGACUAGAGGACAACCUCUGGAAUAUGGAAAUAGGCUACCAGUCUCGGCAAGUGGUUUGUGUGCAUCGAAACGGAAGCACGGUGUCACUCAGCCAGUGUCCCCACUGGAGCCUUCCGGAGACGUUCCAGUCCUGCCUGAUGACUAAAGACUGUGUGGUCAGUGAAUGGAGCGUGUGGGGCUCCUGCUCAAAGACCUGCUCAGACCCCAGUGUUCCUCAGGGCACACGCUCCCGCAGCAGACAGCUGAUACGGCUUGCUACCGGAGGAGGGUCUGAGUGUCCCCAGCUGGAGGAAAGCCAGGCAUGUGAGCCUGAAGGGGACGGGGUGCCACCCUGUGCCACUUAUGCCUGGCGGACCACUGAAUGGAGCGAAUGUCGUGUUGAUGCGCUGCUCAGCCAGCAGGACCGGCGGCGUGGGAAUCAGACGGGUUUGUGUGGUGGAGGUGUGCAGAGCAGAGAAGUGUACUGCAUCCAGGCCAAUGCAGAACUUCUCAGCUACAUCUAUAGCAACAAAGACAAACAAGAAGGUCAGUCUCCAAACAGCCAGAUGCCUAGUGUCCCUCCCCUCCUGUCUAUCACCUAUGAGAUCUCAGCAUCGAAACCUGUAGACGUUCAGCUCUGCAAGGGAACGACUCCGAGUACCACGCAGCUGUGUCACAUCCCGUGCCCUGUGGAGUGUGAAGUGUCCCUGUGGGGCGCCUGGGGGCCCUGCACCUUUGAGAAUUGCAAUGAACGCAUCGUGAAGAAAGGUUUCAAGUUCAGACGACGCACAAUCACUAAUUACCCCACGGGUGGCGAGGGGAACUGUCCUCAUCUGGUGGAGGCCAUCCCGUGUGAUGAUCCCAGCUGUUUUAGCUGGCAGCUGGUCAAACUAGAGGAGUGUAUCCCUGAAGAAGACAUGGACUGUGGAGAGGGAACGCAGACUCCACAGGUCCGCUGUGUCAACAGCCAAGGUACAGAGGUGGAGAAGGAGAUGUGUGCAGAAGAGGUCUACCCUUCAUCUGUGGCCUGUGUGGUUCCCUGCCCUAAAGACUGUGCUCUCAGUCUCUGGACCGAAUGGUCCACCUGCUCCCAGACCUGCUCCAGCAAAACCGCCGAGGGCAAGCAGAUGAGAACCCGAGCCAUACUGGCUUACAAUGCAGGAGAAGGAGGUUCCGGCUGUCCGAACACCAGCGCCCUGCAGGAGGUGCGGAACUGUAAUGAGCAUCCUUGCAUCGUGUAUCACUGGCAGACGGGCCCAUGGGGACAGUGUGUGGAGGACACCACCACAUCCACCCUAAAUUCCUCCUCCAGCGCAGAAAAAUCCACCUGCACCAUGGGUGUGCAAACGCGCAAGGUCAUCUGCAUAAAAGUCAACGUUGGGCAGGUUCCGCCCAAAAAAUGCCCUGAAGCCCCUCGGCCAGAGUCCGUGCGACCCUGUCUGCUGCCCUGCAAGAGAGACUGUAUCGUCACACCCUUCAGUGAAUGGACAGAGUGUCCCACAUCCUGUGAAACAGGUGCAAAUGGGCAGAAGAAUAAACAGUUUCGCUAUCGAAUGAUCAUCCAGAUGUCAGCUAAUGGAGGUCAGGAGUGUCCAGACGUCCUCUAUGAAGAGAAAGACUGUGCGACUCCAUCUGUCUGUCCGGGAUACAGGUGGAAAACACACAAGUGGCGUAAAUGUCAGCUGGUCCCAUGGAGCAUCCGCAGAGACAGUAAAGGAGCUCAGGAGAACUGUGGAGCUGGAGUCCAAACUAGAGCUAUCUCGUGUAGGCAGCUGGAUGGUACGGUGGCUGAUGUGUUUCAGUGUCUGAAGUUUGCCAGCAGCAUGCCGGUUAUGAGCCAGCCCUGCCAGCUACUGUGCCGAGACGACUGCCAGCUCUCCAACUGGUCCAAGUUCUCUCCUUGCACCUCAGACUGCGUAGGGGUCCGUACACGGAGGAGAGCUCUCGUGGGAAAAAGCAAGAAGAAGGAUAAGUGUAAGAAUGGUCAGAUGUACCCGCUGAGUGAGACCCAGUACUGCCCCUGUGACAAAUACAACGCCCAGCCGGUGGGAAACUGGUCCGACUGCAUCCUGCCCGAGGGCCGCGUGGAGAGCGCCGUGGUCAUGAAGGUCCAGGGAGAUGUUAAAGAGUGUGGACAGGGCUACCGCUACCAGGCCAUGGUGUGCUACGACCAGGACAACAAGCUCGUGGAGACUUCACGCUGUAACAGUCACGGGUAUAUAGAGGAGGCCUGCAUUGUCCCCUGCCCGUCUGAUUGUAAACUCAGUGAAUGGUCCAACUGGUCACGCUGCAGUAAAUCCUGUGGCAGUGGGGUCAAAGUUCGCUCAAAAUGGCUCAGAGAAAAGCCUUACAAUGGAGGAAGACCCUGUCCAAAACUGGAUCACCUUAACCAGGCACAGGUCUAUGAGGUGGUCCCGUGCGUCAGUGACUGCAGUCAGUAUAUUUGGGUAGCUGAACCGUGGAGUGUGUGGAAAGUCAGUAAUGUGGAUCUGAAGGAGAACUGUGGUGAGGGCGUUCAGACCAGAAGAGUCAGGUGUAUGUUGAACACAGUGGACGGUCCCUCUGAUGCGGUGGAGGACUAUCUGUGUGAUCCAGAGGAGAUGCCACAGGGCACGAGGGAGAACCGCCUGCCCUGUCCCGAGGACUGUGUGCUGUCCGACUGGAGCCCCUGGACGCAAUGUGACCUGCCGUGUUCUGGAAAAAGAGAUCGAGAGAGGACGGCGUUUGCCCUGCGUCUGCCUAAAGAGGGAGAGGACUGUCCAGUUAGCAUGCAGACCGAACCCUGCCUCCUGAACCGCAACUGCUUUCACUACAGUUACAACAUCACCGACUGGAGCACGUGCCAAUUAAGUGCCAACGCUGUGUGUGGAAUCGGUCUCAAGACGAGGAUGCUGGACUGCGUUAGAAGUGACGGCAAAUCUGUUGACCUCAAGUACUGCGAAGAGCUGAGCUUAGAGAAAAAAUGGCAGAUGAAUGCUUCCUGUACGGUGGAGUGUCCAGUCAACUGCCUGCUCUCUGAUUGGUCAGCAUGGUCAGACUGCUCACAGACCUGUGGCCUUGAAGGGAAGAUGUGGCGGAGACGGACGGUGGUUGAGGCGUCUCAGGGGGACGGCAGGCCGUGUUCGUCUCAGAUGGAGCAGUGGAAGCCAUGUCCUGUGCGACCCUGUUACAGAUGGCAGUACGGCCCAUGGUCCGAGUGCCGUGUUGAGGAGGUGGUGUGCGGGGUGGCCCUGCGUUUCCCGGACCUGUCGUGCUUUGUAUCAGACGGCUCCGGCGAUGGGAAGAGCAGCAUUAUAGAGGAAGAGCUCUGUGCUAGAUUGGAGCAGGCCGUCGACGGAGAUCAAAAUAUUAUGAGAAUGAAACCUACACUUCCCUGUCCAGCCCCAGACAGAGUGUGUGAAGUGAAAGCUCAUCGACUUCACUUCACUCCGGUGCAGGUCCGCUCACGUGCCGUCAUCGCACAGGAACCGGAGAACAUCGCUCAGUGCCCCGAUCAGGAGUGGCAGACCCGGCCCUGCAGCAUUGGUGAGUGUUAUGAGUACCAGUGGAUGGGCAGUCCUCAGCUGAUCUGGUGUCAGCGCUCAGAUGCAAUAAACGUCACAGGUGGAUGCCCUCCAGUACUACUGCCGGGGACGGACCAGUCAUGUGAUCCACCUUGUGACAAACCACAGACAUUCUGCUCAGAGGAGGGUGUAUGCAUGUGCAAGGAGGGCUAUACCGAGGUGCUGACGGCCGAGGGGAUGCUGGAGCAGUGUACACCCAUCCCUGUGCUCGAAAUCCCCACUGCAGUGGACAAGAAAUCUGAUGUGAAGACCAGCCGGGCCAUUAACCCCACCCUGCCCACCACGGAACAGCCUGGCCGUGUCGGACGCACCUGGUACCUGCAACCCUUUGGACCAGAUGGAAAGCUGAAGACGUGGGUGUAUGGUGUGGCGGCAGGUGUCUUUGUCCUCCUGGUAUUUAUAGUGUCAAUGAUUUACCUCGCAUGCAGUUACUGUGCCAUCCAGCGGUCUCUCGGGACGCCAGAUUCUGCCAAUGGUACAGUGGUAUGGAUGGGCCAAGAUGCCCAUGAGCUGACAUACACCUGCCCUGAGUGCCAGCAGCCGAGUCAAGAGUCAAGAGCCAGUUAAAGGGAUUAAACAGGCUCCUGAUGUCCUGACAUCUCAGCCCCCUCUGCCUCGUGCCUCCACCUCAGUCUGUGCCUUACGUUCUGAUGCUAAAUGCAUCAAGCUGCCCGGGUAGGCUGUUUAUUUAAAUUGCUCUGUUGCAAAACCUAGUCA